AUGCAGUUUACGCCCCUGGUGGGCCUGGCGGGGGGCGCGGUGCUGGGCCUGGCGGCUUUCGGCAAGUACGUCAUCAAUGGGCGUGUCCUGGGCAUUUCAGGCGGCAUCAAAGGAUGGCUGACGGGCGACUGGAGGUCGUGGCGCGUGGCGUUCAACGGCGGCCUGCUGGCGGCAGCCAUGGUGGCCGGAUUCAUCACACCUGCGGCCUUUGAUACUCUGCCAGCAUCGUACACGGUUGAGCGUGCCGCGCUGGGCGGCCUGCUGGUGGGGCUGGGCGCAUCAGUGGGCAACGGCUGCACCAGCGGUCAUGGCAUCUGCGGCAACGCCCGCCUGAGCGCCAGGUCCUUCGCGUACACGCUAACGUUCAUGGCGGCCGGCGUGGCGGCAGCGACGCUGUCUGGCACCGCGCAAGCUCUGGGCAUCUUGGCGCAAACGGCGCCACUGGUUUGGUGGCCUAGUGAUGUGGUCAUCAACCAGGGUGCCAUGCUGGUGGCGGCAGCCAUCCUGGGGGUCGCGGGCUGCGGCGCCCUGGCCAAGGGUAUCGAGGCCGGCUCCAGGAAGGCGGUCUCGCUGCUCACAGAGCUCGUGGCCGGGGGCCUCUUUGCGUUCGGCCUCACGUACACGGGAAUGGUCCGCCCCACCAAGGUCGCGGCCUUCCUGAGCCCCCUCUACCCUGCGUGGGACCCCACGCUGAUGUGCGUCAUGGGCGGCGCCCUGCUGGUUGCGCUGCCAGGGUUCCAGUGGGUCAAGCGCGCGCGGUCGGCGCCGCCCAAGCCGCUGGCCGGGGACGCGUACCUGGAGCCGGCAGCCAAGGCCAUCGACGCGCGCCUGCUGCUUGGGGGGCUGCUAUUCGGCGCGGGCUGGGGACUCAGCGGCAUGUGCCCUGGGCCUGCCCUGGUGGCGCUGGUUGCUACUGGUGUUCCUCCCCCCCAGGUGGCGGCCUACUGCGGUGCCAUGGUGGCCGGCAUGGCCCUGGAUUGCGCCAGCCAGGGUACACUGGCGCUUGUGCCACCCUCAAAAAAGGCCAAGCCUGCGUGA